GCGACGCUGCCGUAGCGUGGGGUUUCCUAGACCUGAGUGCAGGGUUACCGCGCCCAUCUCUGCUGUUUGACGGCCGGGGGAAGAAGAAGCGACUGAGGUCCUGGCUUGAAGGAAGAAAACAGAGGGACAACGACGGUGGGAACGACAAGAAGGGAUUUUUGCUUUGAUUUGGAGAAUUGUGUUGAAGUGGAGGCACAUUCAAACUCUGACACAUCUAUCUGAGUGAACAGCGCCUCAUCUCUGCUCUGGUGUGUCUCCCCCUCGGCGGGUUAAAAACUGGGUUUGGGGAGUGCCUCCCCUCGGUAGCUUUACGAGCUAAAUCUGAGCGCCUGGUGGAGGAAGGGAAGACAAGGUUCUGCUGUUUCCAGUCAAUGUGAUAUUACAUUGGAUACAAUCGACCGAAAACGGAUAAGCAAGAGUCAAGGCGGCGGCAGCAAGGCACACCAUUAGCAGAGGAAAAUGAGUGAACUGGAUCAGUUGCGCCAAGAGGCUGAGCAGCUAAAGAACCAGAUCAGGGAUGCCAGGAAAGCGUGUGCAGAUGCUACCCUGUCUCAGAUCACAGCUAACAUCGACCCUGUUGGCCGAAUUCAGAUGCGCACUAGACGGACACUGAGGGGUCAUCUGGCUAAAAUCUAUGCCAUGCACUGGGGCACUGACUCCAGGCUUUUGGUCAGUGCCUCCCAGGAUGGCAAACUCAUUAUUUGGGACAGCUACACCACAAACAAGGUCCAUGCCAUCCCGUUGCGCUCCUCCUGGGUAAUGACAUGCGCCUAUGCUCCUUCCGGUAACUAUGUUGCCUGUGGAGGUCUCGACAAUAUCUGUUCCAUCUAUAACCUGAAGACCCGAGAGGGAAAUGUUCGUGUUAGCCGUGAGCUGGCCGGACACACAGGUUACCUGUCCUGCUGUCGCUUUGUGGAUGACAACCAGAUUGUCACUAGCUCUGGAGACACCACCUGCGCUCUGUGGGACAUUGAGACUGGUCAGCAGACGACAACAUUCGCUGGCCACACUGGUGAUGUCAUGAGUCUGUCUCUGGCACCAGACACCAGGCUGUUUGUGUCUGGUGCCUGCGAUGCCUCUGCAAAGCUCUGGGACGUCAGAGAAGGAAUGUGCCGACAGACCUUUACUGGCCACGAGUCAGACAUCAAUGCUAUCUGUUUCUUCCCUAAUGGUAACGCCUUUGCCACGGGUUCAGACGAUGCUACCUGCAGGCUGUUUGACCUGCGUGCCGAUCAGGAGCUAAUGGUUUACUCACAUGACAACAUCAUCUGCGGUAUCACCUCCGUAGCAUUCUCCAAGAGUGGCCGCCUAUUGUUGGCUGGCUACGACGAUUUCAACUGCAACGUCUGGGACACUUUGAAGGCUGAUCGUGCAGGAGUCCUUGCUGGUCACGAUAACAGAGUGAGCUGCUUGGGUGUCACUGAUGAUGGCAUGGCUGUGGCAACAGGGUCCUGGGAUAGCUUCCUCAAGAUCUGGAACUAAGAUGGCAUUUGGACUCCAAAGUUCAGCGGAAGACCAUUCCAACCUAACAAUACUGAAUUUUAUUGCAUAUCCAAUCUUUUCAAAAAACACCAUGAUACUGACUCCAAACACCCUUUGUAACUGUAAAGGGCAAAAAUUCUCUCUCUUUCCUUCUCAUUUAAAGAGCACAAUUGUCUGUCACUCAUUAAGCUACAGAAAAAGGAAGAAAAAGGUUUGAGUAAUUUUAGUAGUUACAAAAUAGAACAAGGGGGAAAUUGCGUAUUCCUCCGUGGACAUGCUCUUGUAUUGAAGUAAGUGAAAAUAGAAACACCCCACUACCUAGCAAAUGUCUCCUGCAUCCUUAUGAUACAAAGUUUUACUUAAGGUUAUCACUCGACAGUGAUCUUACUCUAUAAAGCUGUUAAGAUGUGUUUUUUUUCUCAAUAAUAACUUUUUGUUAAAUAGACAUAGAUCAAUAAUUUGUCAUUUAAUGUUAAAAUGAGGAUCAAGGCUUUUUCCUAGUCUUUACACAAUUUAGAGAAUGUUUUUAAAACUAAAAGGUCCUCAACUUAAGUCAUUUUAUAUCAAGACUUAUCCCACUGGAGAACAAAGUGAGAGAAUUGAGCUUCAACAUGGAGUUCUCAAGCCACUUCUGGCCCCUCUGUAUAUUAAGUCUCAAGAUACUUUUACUGUUUCUUCUUUUUGCAGUGUAGUCCACAAAUCUUUGUUUGCACAAAUGUUAAAUUUUGCAUUUAUAGAUUAAUGUCUAAAGAAAAAAAAGUUAACUAACCAAGCACAUACUGUUAAUCACAAUGAAUGCUCAUUUUUAGAACAAAAAAAAACAACAAAAUAUUUUCACCAUUCUUACACCUUUUUUCUGACAACAGUGUGAUAAUGAAAUGAAGAUUUACUGAUUGGAUCGUAAUCUACCCUGUCCCCGUUUUAUUUAUUAAUUCUUUUUUUUUUAUGGAUUUUGUUGCCCAUGGUUGGGACCGUUGAUGUUAUAUGGUCGGCUAUGGAGUAAUGCCACUCCAGCCCAGAUGCAAUCCAGACACGUUUCUGUUUUGACAGGUGCCCAUUUCGUGCUUGGAAAUGCAGUUACUACUCUGUCAAUGACACAUUGUAUAAAUCAAUGCUUGAAAAUAAUGAUAUUGAAACUUUUUAAGUUAAAAAAAAUAAGGUUUUGGUUGUCUGCCAUGGAUGGGUUAUCUCUUAGAAUCGCAUGCUGUAGAAUUGCUUUAAAAGGUGCAUAUGGGAUUAAGUCCUUUGAUGUUUUCUUUAAGAAAGAACCUGUUGAAUAUAUCAAUACAGUGCUACUUGUAUUUGCUUUUCCUUUAUUUGUAUCUGUGUGUGUGCGUGUGUGAGUGGGUGUGUGUCUGUGUGUGUGUUGGGGGGGUGUGCGCUACUCCGUGCAUACAUGAUUUAACUCAAAUGUCAAAGCUAUGCACUUGAAGCAAACCCUACAACAUCAACAAUUUCUUGGUCCAAACCAGGGAGGGAUUCCACUAAUUAAGAAGCAACACACACAUGCCUAUGUACAUUCAUACAUCGAAAUGAACACAGUUUCAAAUGGAACAAAUAAAUUCUCAUUCCUUCUGUAGCAAACAAAAUUCCACCUACAAAUAAAACAUUUUAUAAAGAUAUUUUUUUUCUGUCUGUCUGUCUGUGUGUGUGCGUGCGUGUGUGUGUGUAUAUAUAUAUACAUACAUAUAUUAUGUAUAUAUAUGUGUGUGUGCGUGUGCUUCUGAAUGGCAGAUUUUUUUUUUCUUUUUCUUUUUUUUUUUCCUUGUACACAAAGGCGCUUUUAUUAGCUGUAGUGACAUUUUUUUCCCAUUGUUUUUUUUUUCCUCUGCAACUGUACAAAUAAUGUGCUGUAAUUGUGUGUUAGGCCUGGAGUUGGCAAAAAAUUAAAUUGAAUUAAAAAUUCUAAAAAUUAAAUUCCCUUUCCUUUUCAUCCCCUCCAUUAAUAAACUGUAGAGCUCCGCACCCCAACUGUUCCCUUUUCACCUUUUGUAUUUAAUUUCAAAGUCAGUCAAUGUACAACUGAAAGCUGGAUGCAAGAUAGAAACUAUAUUAAAAAUGUACUGUUAUUUAAGAUGUAAUAAAAAGCAGUUUGAGAUGAA